AUGACCUCUUCUCAACAGCAUGGCUUAUCAUCUGAUCGUAUUCGUGGUUCACCUAAGGUCGACGUCACUCAUCUUGAAUGUUUGAUUUGUCAUCAAUUACUCUGGAAACCAGUAGCUUGCAAAUCAUGUGAAAUACCUUUUUGUUCAUCAUGUAUUUAUCAAUGGUUGGCCAACAAUCCUAAACAAUGUCCAAAUCGAUGCCAAACAUAUAUUGAACGAAAAUGUCCUCCCAUUGUUACUAAGCUACUUGCCGAAAUACAAAUUGCUUGUUUCUAUGAAUCGAAUGGUUGCAACCAAGUCAUUUCCUAUGAAGGUUUAGAUAAACAUGAAAUAGAAUGUGGUUUUCAGUUUCAGCAAUGUCCUGGUUGUAAAUCACAAAUAUUCAAAAAAGAUUUUGAUAAUCAUCAUAAUCAAUGUCCAUCGAUUGAAUUAACUUGUCAAGAUUGUAAACUCGUGUACAAAAGAAAUGAUACUGAUAGAAAACAUACAGAUAUUAUCUGUUUGAAAAAACAACUUCAAUAUCUUCGACAUGAAUCUAAACAUAAUAAAUAUAAAAUAAAGAAACUCGAUCAUCAAUUAAAGGAAACACGUAUAUUGAAACCAAUGAUAAAAAAAACGAAAGUCACAUUUAACGAUUUACCAGAGGCUAUUACUGGAACAAAAUGGAUUUCGAAUAUUUAUAACGGACUAAAUUGGACGUAUAUAUAUUAUGCAAACGAAUUGUACUGGAAGAAAAUGCAUCCAAAAAGUGGAUAUAUUACUUCUCUCAUACCUGGCAGCAGUCCAAACAUAGCAUAUUUCAAAGAUAGUGCAUUGAUUACUGUCGGAAGUCCAAAUAAAAAAUUUACUUUUGUUUCUGUUACUGCAUGUGCUGCGUGGAAGGAUGAUCUUGAAUUAACCAUAACAGGACAUCGAAAUUUCAUAGAGAUUAAUACACAUACAACAAAACUUCUCUUUGGUAAGCUACAAUUUAUUCUUCUUUAUUGGGAAGACGUCGACAAGAUCAUGUUUAAAUCAUCUGGUGGUACUGCUCAUCCUCUUGUCAGUGGACAUGCAGGAUCUGAUGUUGUACUAAAUCAAGUAACAAUAUGUUCACUUAGAUAA